CCUUUGAGGUCACAGGAAGCCGUUGGCUGGGCAGAAAGGGGAAGGAAGCCAUUGCAAGAGGGGUAGCGGCGGUGGAAGGCUUGGCGGGGCAGAGGAGGAUGGAGCCGAGAGGCGUCGGGUUGGGGUGGCUCUGCGUCGCCGUGCUUUGCUCUGGAGCUGCUCUCAACGUCAAAGAAGAGGAGCAGGGACAUCAAAGCCCCACGCAGCGCGACGAUGCCCUGCAGCCCACGGGAGACCCCCCCUCAACCACCAGGGGUAUGGGCAAGCUGACAACGUGGUCGACGGUCACCCCAACCCCUCCUUUGGCCGAGGACCCCGCCACCACCCCCAUGCUGACACGAGCGGGCGCCGCGGGGAACAAAACCCAAAAUGCAUCGGCUGUUCCCAUCAGGUACUGGUCCCCUGUCAUUUUUGUGGUGGUUGCCCUGCUCGUGCUCUUCCUCACCUACCGGUGGAACAGGACAGAGGGGAGCCAGGACCAAGCCACCUCCACCAGCAGCUCCUCAGAUUUGGGAGCCCUGGACCACCUCCCUAUCCAGGACACCACCCCGAUAAUCCCCACUCCCCAGGAGGGGAGCAAGGGGCUGAAGAAACCCCCAGACCUGGAACACACCGAAACCACCUUCUGCGAGCCGGACCCCCCCCCACCCCAGCUGCUGCCACCACAGCCUGACACCCCCACAGCUGCCGGUGGUCCCAGCUGCUCCGGGGAGCCCGGUGCCAACUGAGGGCUCCCAGGGGAGCCCAGUGGCUUCCAGACACCCCCAGGAAGCACAAGACCACCCUCGAGCGGCAGCGCGGGGGGACGGAGCCGUGACGCCGCUCCCAGCCGGGGGCCACGAGCAUCAUGUGCCACCUUGGCCCUUCCUAUGGAUGCUCGAGCGUGUGGCCAGAUCCCGGUGGGAACGGAGACCUGCGUGGGACAGGGACCCACGUGGGACGUGGCCGUGCAUGUGCCGUUACCGCCGUGCCCCGUGUGCAAGGACAGGGGCUCGGGGCGAGCCAAUAAAGCAGGGUUUCACCCCAGAACCCCUAGACUUUCACUGCCAGGGCAGGCAGCACCCCUUGCUCAGCCCAGCCGUCACUUUUUCCCCCGUCUUGGAACACAACAGAGGCAUCUGGCAGCCGGAAGGGCAGGGGAAGAAGGUUCUUAUGCUGCUUGGUUAUUUAUGGAGGGGAAAAAAAACAAACCACAUAGAACUGAAAUAACCAACCCCCACCCACUCCUGUGGGGCCAACUUGUUGUCAGAUGACUGUUGCUCAUCACAGGGCAAAGAUGGGG